AUGUCCAACCCCAACUACAGCAACCACUACAUCCCGCCUCAAACCAACUACUACACCAACGAAUACACCCCUCACCACCCCCAGACCUUUGCAACCUACCCUCCCCUUGAGCACAACCCCUACGAUCAGCCCCCUCAGCCAGGAUAUCAUCACUCCGCCCACGCCUACCCCCCUCCAAACCCCAAUAACCACCCUUACAUCCACCAAACAAACAUCCCUCUCAACCUCAACGAACCCCCCGCCUCCACAACAGGAUACCCCAACCCAAAUACACCAUCCUACAUACACUACCGCCACAACAGCAACAGCAACACUGCCAACAACACCACCUACCCAACACAGUCCCAACCACAAAAACCCCAAGGCGAAAGCGCAUCGUAUUACACAGAUACAAACCCCACCCUCAAACCCCCAUCAUCAUACUCCGCUCCAGCUACACCCGUCCCGUCAAACCCAGCGGCCCCACCAGCAACUGAGAAAGGCCUGGCAAGUACCGUCACCGGUGCAGCAGCGGGAGGCAUUCUCGGCCGAAAGUUCGGCGGUGGGAUUCUGGGGACGGCGGGGGGUGCGUUGGCGGGGGCGGCGGGGAUGAAGUUUGCUAGUAAGCUGUAUGUUCUUCCCUGCCUUGCUUUCUUGUCCUGA